UGUCCCACUACAGUAAAAUCGGGCAGGUAAUGAUAAAAUUUAUCACUGUGUAAACCACUUAACAGUGGUUAUAUACAUACUUCACAAAACGAUUCCUGUCUGUAUACCAUGUAUUCAGUAGUGACUUUUACCUUGAAGUGACAAAACCUAAGGAAUAAGAAAUGGCAGCCUUGCAGAUUAGGAUAGUUGCUUUCACAGGACUACUAUUGGCAUCGUUAGUGCAAAGUAAUAACGAGUGUUUCAAUAACCAACAUUCUGGUGUAAAGAUGUUUGCUGAUCUCAAAAAUUGUGAAAACUAUGUCGUUUGUGUAGGAAAAAUCAAAAUUGUUCGAACCUGUCCAGAAAACUCAUGGUGGAGUGAAAAUGAUCUGAUUUGUUCUACUAGCCAAGACAGGCGAUGUGGCAAACGUCAGAAACGCAGAUCAAUUGAAUUUUCUGGAGGACCGAAAGCACAGGAACCUAUAGUGACGUGUAUUGAUAAUAGUGAGUCAUGUCCUGCACUGUUCGAUCCAAAUCACUUGAUAUUGAGAGCUCAUGAAGACUGUCGAAAAUAUUACCUGUGCAUAUCGUAUCUUCCUUUGGUACUCAGUUGUCCCUUGAAUCUGCAUUAUAAUCCAACCACAUGUGAAUGCGAUUAUCCAUAUAACGUGAAUUGCGGAAAUAUAACACCAACACCAGGAGAUUCAUCGACAACCACCACUGAAGGGUCCACAAUAACAGAUUCAUCGACAACCACCACUGAAGGGCCCACAAUACCCGAUUCGUCGACAACCACCACUGAAGGGCCCACAAUAACAGAUUCAUCGACAACCACCACUGAAGGGCCCACAAUAACAGAUUCGUCGACAACCACCACUGAAGGGUCCACAAUAACAGAUUCAUCGACAACCACCACUGAAGGGCCCACAAUAACAGAUUCAUCGACAACCACCACUGAAGGGCCCACAAUAACAGAUUCAUCGACAACCACCACUGAAGGGCCCACAAUAACAGAUUCGUCGACAACCACCACUGAAGGGUCCACAAUAACAGAUUCAUCGACAACCACCACUGAAGGGCCCACAAUAACAGAUUCAUCGACAACCACCACUGAAGGGCCCACAAUAACAGAUUCGUCGACAACCACCACUGAAGGGCCCACAAUAACAGAUUCGUCGACAACCACCACUGAAGGGUCCACAAUAACAGAUUCGUCGACAACCAUCACUGAAGGGUCCACAAUACCAGAUUCGUCGACAACCACCACUGAAGGAUCUACAAUACCAGAUUCGUCGACAACCACCACUGAACGGUCCACAAUAACAGAUUCAUCGACAACCACCACUGAAGGGCCCACAAUACCCGAUUCGUCGACAACCACCACUGAAGGGCCCACAAUAACAGAUUCGUCGACAACCACCACUGAAGGGUCCACAAUAACAGAUUCAUCGACAACCACCACUGAAGGGCCCACAAUAACAGAUUCAUCGACAACCACCACUGAAGGGCCCACAAUAACAGAUUCGUCGACAACCACCACUGAAGGGCCCACAAUAACAGAUUCGUCGACAACCACCACUGAACGGUCCACAAUAACAGAUUCAUCGACAACCACCACUGAAGGGCCCACAAUAACAGAUUCGUCGACAACCACCACUGAAGGGCCCACAAUAACAGAUUCAUCGACAACCACCACUGAAGGGCCCACAAUAACAGAUUCGUCGACAACCACCACUGAAGGGCCCACAAUACCAGAUUCGUCGACAACCACCACUGAACGGUCCACAAUAACAGAUUCAUCGACAACCACCACUGAAGGGCCCACAAUACCCGAUUCGUCGACAACCACCACUGAAGGGCCCACAAUAACAGAUUCGUCGACAACCACCACUGAAGGGUCCACAAUAACAGAUUCAUCGACAACCACCACUGAAGGGCCCACAAUAACAGAUUCAUCGACAACCACCACUGAAGGGUCCACAAUACCAGAUUCGUCGACAACCACCACUGAAGGAUCUACAAUACCAGAUUCGUCGACAACCACCACUGAAGGGUCCACAAUACCAGAUUCGUCGACAACCACCACUGAAGGGUCCACAAUACCAGAUUCGUCGACAACCGCCACUGAAGGAUCUACAAUACCAGAUUCGUCGACAACCACCACUGAAGGGUCCACAAUAACAGAUUCAUCGACAACUACCACCGAAGGGUCCACAAUACCCGAUUCAUCGACAACCACCACUGAAGGGUCCACAAUACCCGAUUCAUCGACCACCACUGAAGGGUCCACAAUACCCGAUUCAUCGACAACCACCACCGAAGGGUCCACAAUACCAGAUUCGUCGACAACCACCACUGAAGGGUCCACAAUACCCGAUUCAUCGACAACCACCACCGAAGGGUCCACAAUACCCGAUUCAUCGACAACCACCACUGAAGGGUCCACAAUAACAGAUUCGUCGACAACCACCACUGAAGGGUCCACAAUACCCGAUUCAUCGACAACCACCACUGAAGGGUCCACAAUACCCGAUUCAUCGACAACCACCACUGAAGGGUUCACAAUACCCGAUUCAUCGACCACCACUGAAGGGUCCACAAUACCCGAUUCAUCGACAACCACCACUGAAGAGUCCACAAUACCAGAUUCGUCGACAACCACCACUGAAGGGUCCACAAUACCAGAUUCGUCGACAACCACCACUGAAGGGUCCACAAUACCCGAUUCAUCGACCACCACUGAAGGGUCUACAAUACCAGAUUCGUCGACAACCACCACUGAAGGGUCCACAAUACCCGAUUCAUCGACCACCACUGAAGGGUCCACAAUACCCGAUUCAUCGACAACCACCACCGAAGGGUCCACAAUACCAGAUUCGUCGACAACCACCACUGAAGGGUCCACAAUACCCGAUUCAUCGACAACCACCACCGAAGGGUCCACAAUACCCGAUUCAUCGACAACCACCACUGAAGGGUCCACAAUAACAGAUUCGUCGACAACCACCACUGAAGGGUCCACAAUACCCGAUUCAUCGACAACCACCACUGAAGGGUCCACAAUACCCGAUUCAUCGACAACCACCACUGAAGGGUUCACAAUACCCGAUUCAUCGACCACCACUGAAGGGUCUACAAUACCCGAUUCGUCGACAACCACCACUGAAGGGUCCACAAUACCAGAUUCGUCGACAACCACCACUGAAGGGUCCACAAUACCAGAUUCGUCGACAACCACCACUGAAGGGUCCACAAUACCCGAUUCAUCGACCACCACUGAAGGGUCUACAAUACCAGAUUCGUCGACAACCACCACUGAAGGGUCCACAAUACCCGAUUCAUCGACAACCACCACUGAAGGGUCCACAAUACCCGAUUCAUCGACAACCACCACUGAAGGGUCCACAAUACCAGAUUCGUCGACAACCACCACUGAAGGGUCCACAAUACCCGAUUCAUCGACAACCACCACCGAAGGGUCCACAAUACCCGAUUCAUCGACAACCACCACUGAAGGGUCCACAAUAACAGAUUCGUCGACAACCACCACUGAAGGGUCCACAAUAACAGAUUCAUCGACAACCACCACUGAAGGGUCCACAAUACCCGAUUCAACGACAACCACUGAAGGGUCCACAAUACCCGAUUCAUCGACAACCACCACUGAAGGGUCCACAAUACCAGAUUCGUCGACAACCACCACUGAAGGGUCCACAAUACCCGAUUCAUCGACAACCACCACUGAAGGGUCCACAAUACCAGAUUCGUCGACAACCACCACUGAAGGGUCCACAAUACCAGAUUCGUCGACAACCACCACAGAAGGGCCCACAAUACCAGAUUCGUCGUCAACCACCACUGAAGGGUCCACAAUACCCGAUUCAUCGACAACCACUGAAGGGUCCACAAUACCCGAUUCAUCGACAACCACCACUGAAGGGUCCACAAUACCCGAUUCAUCGACAACCACCACUGAAGGGUUCACAAUACCCGAUUCAUCGACCACCACUGAAGGGUCUACAAUACCCGAUUCGUCGACAACCACCACUGAAGGGUCCACAAUACCAGAUUCGUCGACAACCACCACUGAAGGGUCCACAAUACCAGAUUCGUCGACAACCACCACUGAAGGGUCCACAAUACCCGAUUCAUCGACCACCACUGAAGGGUCUACAAUACCAGAUUCGUCGACAACCACCACUGAAGGGUCCACAAUAACAGAUUCAUCGACAACCACCACUGAAGGGUCCACAAUACCCGAUUCAUCGACAACCACUGAAGGGUCCACAAUACCCGAUUCAUCGACAACCACCACUGAAGGGUCCACAAUACCAGAUUCGUCGACAACCACCACUGAAGGGUCCACAAUACCCGAUUCAUCGACAACCACCACUGAAGGGUCCACAAUACCAGAUUCGUCGACAACCACCACUGAAGGGUCCACAAUACCAGAUUCGUCGACAACCACCACAGAAGGGCCCACAAUACCAGAUUCGUCGUCAACCACCACUGAAGGGUCCACAAUACCCGAUUCAUCGACAACCACUGAAGGGUCCACAAUACCCGAUUCAUCGACAACCACCACUGAAGGGUCCACAAUACCCGAUUCAUCGACAACCACCACUGAAGGGUUCACAAUACCCGAUUCAUCGACCACCACUGAAGGGUCUACAAUACCCGAUUCGUCGACAACCACCACUGAAGGGUCCACAAUACCAGAUUCGUCGACAACCACCACUGAAGGGUCCACAAUACCAGAUUCGUCGACAACCACCACUGAAGGGUCCACAAUACCCGAUUCAUCGACCACCACUGAAGGGUCUACAAUACCAGAUUCGUCGACAACCACCACUGAAGGGUCCACAAUACCCGAUUCAUCGACAACCACCACUGAAGGGUCCACAAUACCCGAUUCAUCGACAACCACCACCGAAGGGUCCACAAUACCAGAUUCGUCGACAACCACCACUGAAGGGUCCACAAUACCCGAUUCAUCGACAACCACCACCGAAGGGUCCACAAUACCCGAUUCAUCGACAACCACCACUGAAGGGUCCACAAUAACAGAUUCGUCGACAACCACCACUGAAGGGUCCACAAUACCCGAUUCAUCGACAACCACCACUGAAGGGUCCACAAUACCCGAUUCAUCGACAACCACCACUGAAGGGUUCACAAUACCCGAUUCAUCGACCACCACUGAAGGGUCUACAAUACCCGAUUCGUCGACAACCACCACUGAAGGGUCCACAAUACCAGAUUCGUCGACAACCACCACUGAAGGGUCCACAAUACCAGAUUCGUCGACAACCACCACUGAAGGGUCCACAAUACACGAUUCAUCGACCACCACUGAAGGGUCCACAAUAACAGAUUCGUCGACAACCACCACUGAAGGGUCCACAAUACCCGAUUCAUCGACAACCACCACUGAAGGGUCCACAAUACCCGAUUCAUCGACAACCACCACUGAAGGGUCCACAAUACCCGAUUCAUCGACAACCACUGAAGGGUCCACAAUACCCGAUUCAUCGACAACCACCACUGAAGGGUCCACAAUACCAGAUUCGUCGACAACCACCACUGAAGGGUCCACAAUACCAGAUUCGUCGACAACCACCACAGAAGGGCCCACAAUACCAGAUUCGUCGUCAACCACCACUGAAGGGUCCACAAUAACAGAUUCAUCGACAACCACCACUGAAGGGUCCACAAUACCCGAUUCAUCGACAACCACUGAAGGGUCCACAAUACCCGAUUCAUCGACAACCACCACUGAAGGGUCCACAAUACCAGAUUCGUCGACAACCACCACUGAAGGGUCCACAAUACCCGAUUCAUCGACAACCACCACUGAAGGGUCCACAAUACCAGAUUCGUCGACAACCACCACUGAAGGGUCCACAAUACCAGAUUCGUCGACAACCACCACAGAAGGGCCCACAAUACCAGAUUCGUCGUCAACCACCACUGAAGGGUCCACAAUACCCGAUUCAUCGACAACCACUGAAGGGUCCACAAUACCCGAUUCAUCGACAACCACCACUGAAGGGUCCACAAUACCAGAUUCGUCGACAACCACCACUGAAGGGUCCACAAUACCAGAUUCGUCGACAACCACCACAGAAGGGCCCACAAUACCAGAUUCGUCGUCAACCACCACUGAAGGGUCCACAAUAACAGAUUCAUCGACAACCACCACUGGAGGGUCCACAUUAACAGAUUCGUCGACAACCACCACUGAAGGGUCCACAAUACCAGAUUCGUCGACAACCACCACUGAAGGGUCCACAAUACCCGAUUCGUCGACAACCACCACUGAAGGGUCCACAAUACCAGAUUCGUCGUCAACCACCACUGAAGGGUCUACAAUACCAGAUUCGUCGACAACCACCACUGAAGGGUCCACAAUACCCGAUUCGUCGACAACCACCACUGAAGGGUCCACAAUACCAGAUUCGUCGACAACCACCACUGAAGGGUCCACAAUACCAGAUUCGUCGACAACCACCACUGAAGGGUCCACAAUAACAGAUUCGUCGACAACCACCACUGGAGGGUCCACAUUAACAGAUUCGUCGACAACCACCACUGAAGGGUCCACAAUACCAGAUUCGUCGACAACCACCACAGACGGGCCCACAAUACCAGAUUCGUCGUCAACCACCACUGAAGGGUCCACAAUAACAGAUUCAUCGACAACCACCACUGGAGGGUCCACAUUAACAGAUUCGUCGACAACCACCACUGAAGGGUCCACAAUACCCGAUUCGUCGACAACCACCACUGAAGGGUCCACAAUACCAGAUUCGUCGUCAACCACCACUGAAGGGUCUACAAUACCAGAUUCGUCGACAACCACCACUGAAGGGUCCACAAUACCAGAUUCGUCGACAACCACCACUGAAGGGUCCACAAUACCCGAUUCAUCGACGACCACCACUGACGGGUCCACAAUACCCGAUUCGUCGACAACCACCACUGAAGGGUCUACAAUACCAGAUUCGUCGACAACCACCACUGAAGGGUCCACAAUACCAGAUUCGUCGACAACCACCACUGAAGGGUCCACAAUACCCGAUUCAUCGACAACCACCACUGAAGGGUCCACAAUACCAGAUUCGUCGUCAACCACCACUGAAGGGUCUAUAAUACCAGAUUCGUCGACAACCACCACAGAAGGGUCCACAAUACCAGAUUCGUCGUCAACCACCACUGAAGGGUCCACAAUAACAGAUUCAUCGACAACCACCACUGGAGGGUCCACAUUAACAGAUUCGUCGACAACCACCACUGAUGGGUCCACAAUACCAGAUUCGUCGUCAACCACCACUGAAGGGUCUACAAUACCAGAUUCGUCGACAACCACCACUGAAGGGUCCACAAUACCCGAUUCGUCGACAACCACCACUGAAGGGUCCACAAUACCAGAUUCGUCGACAACCACCACUGAAGGGUCCACAAUACCAGAUUCGUCGACAACCACCACUGAAGGGUCCACAAUAACAGAUUCGUCGACAACCACCACUGGAGGGUCCACAUUAACAGAUUCGUCGACAACCACCACUGAAGGGUCCACAAUACCAGAUUCGUCGACAACCACCACUGAAGGGUCCACAAUACCCGAUUCGUCGUCAACCACCACUGAAGGGUCUACAAUACCAGAUUCGUCGACAACCACCACUGAAGGGUCCACAAUACCCGAUUCGUCGACAACCACCACUGAAGGGUCCACAAUACCCGAUUCGUCGACAACCACCACUGAAGAGUCCACAAUAACAGAUUCGUCGACAACCACCACUGAAGGGUCCACAAUACCAGAUUCAUCGACAACCACCACUGAAGGGUCCACAAUACCCGAUGCAUCGACAACCACCACUGAAGGGUCCACAAUACCAGAUUCGUCGACAACCACCACUGAAGGGUCCACAAUACCAGAUUCGUCGACAACCACCACUGAAGGGUCCACAAUAUCAGAUUCGUCGACAACCACCACUGAAGGGUCCACAAUACCCGAUUCAUCGACAACCACCACUGAAGGGUCCACAAUACCCGAUUCAUCGACAACCACCUCCGAAGGGUCCACAAUACCAGAUUCGUCGACAACCACCACUGAAGGGUCCACAAUACCCGAUUCAUCGACAACCACCACUGAAGGGUCCACAAUACCCGAUUCAUCGACAACCACCACUGAAGGGUCCACAAUACCCGAUUCAUCGACAACGACCACUGAAGGGUCCACAAUACCCGAUUCAUCGACAACCACCACUGAAGGGUCCACAAUACCCGAUUCAUCGACAUCGACCACUGAAGGGUCCACAAUACCCGAUUCAUCGACAACCACCACUGAAGGGUCCACAAUACCAGAUUCAUCGACAACCACCACUGAAGGGUCCACAAUACCCGAUUCAUCGACAACCACCACUGAAGGGUCCACAAUACCAGAUUCGUCGACAACCACCACUGAAGGGUCCACAAUACCAGAUUCGUCGACAACCACCACUGAAGGGUCCACAAUACCCGAUUCAUCGACAACCACCACUGAAGGGUCCACAAUACCCGAUUCAUCGACAACCACCACCGAAGGGUCCACAAUACCAGAUUCGUCGACAACCACCACUGAAGGGUCCACAAUACCCGAUUCAUCGACAACCACCACCGAAGGGUCCACAAUACCAGAUUCGUCGACAACCACCACUGAAGGGUCCACAAUACCCGAUUCAUCGACAACCACCACCGAAGGGUCCACAAUACCAGAUUCGUCGACAACCACCACUGAAGGGUCCACAAUACCCGAUUCAUCGACAACGACCACUGAAGGGUCCACAAUACCCGAUUCAUCGACAACCACCACUGAAGGGUCCACAAUACCAGAUUCGUCGACAACCACCACUGAAGGGUCCACAAUACCCGAUUCAUCGACCACCACUGAAGGGUCUACAAUACCCGAUUCAUCGACAACCACCACUGAAGGGUCCACAAUACCAGAUUCGUCGACAACCACCACUGAAGGGUCCACAAUACCAGAUUCGUCGACAACCACCACUGAAGAGUCCACAAUACCAGAUUCGUCGACAACCACCACUGAAGGGUCCACAAUACCCGAUUCAUCGACAACCACCACUGAAGGGUCCACAAUAACAGAUUCGUCGACAACCACCACUGAAGGGUCCACAAUACACGAUUCAUCGACAACCACCACUGAAGGGUCCACAAUACCCGAUUCAUCGACAACCACCACUGAAGGGUCCACAAUACCCGAUUCAUCGACAACCACCACUGAAGGGUCCACAAUACCCGAUUCGUCGACAACCACCACUGAAGGGUCCACAAUACCAGAUUCGUCGACAACCACCACUGACGGGUCCACAAUAACAGAUUCGUCGACAACCACCACUGAAGGGUCCACAAUACCCGAUUCAUCGACAAUCACCACUGAAGGGUCUACAAUACCCGAUUCAUCGACAACCACCACUGAAGGGUCCACAAUACCCGAUUCGUCGACAACCACCACUGAAGGGUCCACAAUAACAGAUUCGUCGACAACCACCACUGAAGGGUCCACAAUACCCGAUUCGUCGACAACCACCACUGAAGGGUCUACAAUACCAGAUUCGUCGACAACCACCACUGAAGGGUCCACAAUACCAGAUUCGUCGACAACCACCACUGAAGGGUCCACAAUACCCGAUUCGUCGACAACCACCACUGAAGGGUCCACAAUACCAGAUUCGUCGACAACCACCACUGAAGGGUCCACAAUACACGAUUCAUCGACAACCACCACUGAAGGGUCCACAAUACCAGAUUCAUCGACAACCACCACUGAAGGGUCCACAAUACACGAUUCAUCGACAACCACCACUGAAGGGUCCACAAUACCCGAUUUAUCGACAACCACCACUGAAGGGUCCACAAUACCCGAUUCAUCGACAACCACCACUGAAGGGUCUACAAUACCAGAUUCGUCGACAACCACCACUGAAGGGUCCACAAUACCAGAUUCGUCGACAACCACCACUGAAGGGUCCACAAUACCAGAUUCGUCGACAACCACCACUGAAGGGUCCACAAUACCCGAUUCGUCGACAACCACCACUGAAGGGUCCACAAUACCAGAUUCGUCGACAACCACCACUGAAGGGUCCACAAUACACGAUUCAUCGACAACCACCACUGAAGGGUCCACAAUACCAGAUUCAUCGACAACCACCACUGAAGGGUCCACAAUACACGAUUCAUCGACAACCACCACUGAAGGGUCCACAAUACCCGAUUUAUCGACAACCACCACUGAAGGGUCCACAAUACCCGAUUCAUCGACAACCACCACUGAAGGGUCCACAAUACCCGAUUCAUCGACAACCACCACUGAAGGGUCCACAAUACCCGAUUCAUCGACAACCACCACUGAAGGGUCUACAAUACCAGAUUCGUCGACAACCACCACUGAAGGGUCCACAAUACCAGAUUCGUCGACAACCACCACUGAAGGGUCCACAAUACACGAUUCAUCGACAACCACCACUGAAGAGUCCACAAUACGAGAUUCGUCGACAACCACCACUGAAGGGUCCACAAUACCGGAUUCAUCGACAACCACCACUGAAGGGUCUACAAUACCAAAUUCGUCGACAACCACCACUGAAGGGUCCACAAUACCAGAUUCGUCGACAACCACCACUGACGGGUCCACAAUAACAGAUUCGUCGACAACCACCACUGAAGGGUCCACAAUACCCGAUUCAUCGACAACCACCACUGAAGGGUCUACAAUACCAGAUUCGUCGACAACCACCACUGAAGGGUCCACAAUACCAGAUUCGUCGACAACCACCACUGAAGGGUCCACAAUACCCGAUUCGUCGACAACCACCACUGACGGGUCCACAAUAACAGAUUCGUCGACAACCACCACUGAAGAGCCCACAAUAACAGAUUCGUCGACAACCACCACUGAAGGGUCCACAAUACCCGAUUCAUCGACAACCACCACUGAAGGGUCUACAAUACCAGAUUCGUCGACAACCACCACUGAAGGGUCCACAAUACCAGAUUCGUCGACAACCACCACUGAAGGGUCCACAAUACCCGAUUCGUCGACAACCACCACUGAAGGGUCCGCAACAACAGAUUCGUCGACAACCACUACUGGACAAUCCAACACAAUCACCACAGAUUCUACACUAAGCACAACUAGAGAAUCUACAACCUCCUCCUCACAAACUACUAUAGAAGUUGAAGAAGCUGUCAACAAAGCUAUUGAACUUGUUGAUAAGUUAAAAGAAAUUUUCGAACAUUUUUUCGGGAAAAAGAACUAAUAUAGUUGAUUUAAGCGGAAAUAUACCUUAAGCUAAGCUCCGCAACAAA